CUUAAAUACUCUAUUGUUAAGGACAUAUUGAAUAAUUAAAAUACUGAGACAUAAUUCUAAUAUACGUAUAAUAAAUUGUUUGCAGCCCGUUUCAAGCAGCAACGGCGAAGAGAGCAGCAAAUUGCGUCAGCUGAUACAUAUCCUCUGCACGACUUCAUCACCGUGCCGACCUUUACCCGGAAGUGCCCAUAUGAGGUCACAAGGUCUCAGAAUCACCGGAGUCGAUUGCGAUGAAGUUUAUCCUCGAUUAUACAUCGGCGACGCUGAAAGCGCCCGAUGCAAGGACUAUUUGAAAUUGCUUGGUAUCACCCACGUGCUGAACACAGCCGAAGGAGCGAGAUUUGGCCAAGUCGACACGGGUCAUCUUUAUUAUAGGGACAUGCCCACAAUAAGGUGAGACAAUUCUGGAA